AUGAAUCAAAUGAACCCUGGGAUGUACCAGCAGCAGCCAUAUCCUGUGUACGGAAUCGUACAGCCGAGUCCAGCGUAUAGACCGCUGGAAAGUCGAGAUGUGCGGUUGCUCGUUCGGCAGCAGCCGAAAGAAGCUCUGGUAGCCGUCGAAGGGAAGGAGAAGGGGCGCAAACCCGUCGAUCCCCCUCCCUUCGUGCAGCUUGUCGUGCAUCAGCAAGCCGAUCCUUCUUCGGUGUACCUCUCCAACCCGUAUCUGUUUUGCGUGGCAUCACUGUAUGACAAGACAGGACGAGUCCCGGCGAACAGUGGCAAAGCACUUACAGGAACUCUGGUUUCAUCAUUACACCGGGUGAAAGAUACCGAUAACAAUGAUGGUGGCUUCUUCGUCUUCGGUGACGUUUCAGUGAAGCUCCCAGGAGAACACGUCUUAUGCUUUACGCUCUACGAUUAUCGAAAGGAGGAAGGCGCUGCCUUCAAAUUAUGCCAGGGCUUCUCAGAGCCCUUCAAAGUCGUAACCCAGAAGGAGUUCCGCGGACUGGAUGAGUCGACAUAUCUGUCCCGAGCCUUCUCUGAUCAGGGGAUUCGACUCCGGCUCCGCAAAGAACCUCGCGCCUUCGGCAGGCCAACCAAGCGCGGUUUCAAGGACACAGUAGAGGCGCCAGAGCAGGGCGAAGCCGAGCACUCGUUUGUGACCGACUUCAAUGCGGACCCUCUGGACCCGGAGCGAACGCCCAAACGCGCGCGAACCAUGGGCUCCGAUCAGUACGACUUCGCGGGCGGGAUGCCACGCGACUGGGCGCUGCCCGACCCUAGGGAUAGCCAGGGACAGGUCUUCAACUCGAUGACAUCGCUUGCGGAGCCGUUCCCCAGACAGGAGCCGUACGCACGACCGGAGUUCGCAAGACAGGGACAGGGAUAUCCGGAUAUCAGUGGGGUCGGGGGCCUAGACUUGUAUCAGUCUGAUGUAUUCUAUCCUGGCCAAUGA